AUGACAAGACGUACAACUAUUGAUCCUGAUUCGGUAGUAUUGAACCCUCAGAAAUUUAUUCAGAAGGAAAGAGCAGACUCCAAAAUCAAGGUUGAUCAAGUUAACACAUUUUUAGAGUCAUCCCCAGAAAGAAGAACUUUGACGCACGCCCUAAUAGACCAAAUAGUGAAUGAUCCCGUAUUGAAGACUGACACGGACUACUACGAUGCUACAAAAUUGCAAGAAAGAGAAGUUACUGCAAAAAAAAUAGCUAGGCUUGCUAGUUAUAUGGAGCACGAUAUCAAGACGGUCCGUAAGCAUUUUCGCAACACUGAUCUCAUGGAAGAUUUGCAGGCAAACGAUCCAGAGAAAGCCUCGCCUUUAACUAACAGGGACCUCUCUAUAUUCGAUAAGAGGUUGUCACUGGUGGCAAACAUCGAUCCCCAAUUAGGUACUCGCGUCGGUGUACACCUGGGACUAUUUGGUAAUUGCAUCAAGGGCAAUGGUACUGACGAACAAAUUCGGUAUUGGUUGCAAGAAAGAGGGGCCACUUUGAUGAAAGGUAUAUAUGGCUGCUUUGCAAUGACUGAAUUAGGACACGGCUCCAAUGUGGCUCAGUUGCAGACCAGGGCUGUGUACGACAAGCAAAAUGAUACUUUUAUUAUUGAUACGCCUGACCUAACGGCCACCAAAUGGUGGAUUGGUGGUGCUGCCCAUUCUGCCACGCACGCUACGGUAUACGCUAGGUUGAUAGUUGAAGGUAAAGACUAUGGUGUAAAAACAUUCGUCGUUCCUCUGAGAGAUCCUUCAACUUUCCAAUUGCUAGCUGGCGUUUCCAUAGGGGAUAUUGGAGCGAAGAUGGGUCGUGACGGUAUUGAUAAUGGAUGGAUCCAAUUCAGAAACGUAGUUAUUCCUAGAGAAUUUAUGCUAAGUAGGUUCACUAAGGUCGUCCGGUCUCCAGAUGGUUCAGUCACCGUUAAAACUGAGCCACAACUAGAUCAAAUUUCUGGUUACAGCGCAUUACUGAGUGGUAGAGUUAACAUGGUUAUGGAUUCAUUUAGGUUUGGCUCCAAAUUUGCUAUCAUUGCAGUUCGUUACGCAGUGGGUCGCCAGCAAUUUGCACCUAAAAAAGGUCUGUCCGAAACACAGUUAAUUGACUACCCUCUUCAUCAAUAUCGUGUUUUACCACAAUUGUGUGUUCCAUAUUUGGUGUCACCUGUAGCUUUUAAAUUAAUGGACAACUAUUAUUCCACUUUGGACGAGUUAUACAAGGCGUCGUCAUCUGUGGAUAAAGCUGCUCUGGUUACUGUUAGUAAGAAAUUGAAGAAUUUAUUUAUUGAUAGCGCCAGCUUAAAAGCCACCAAUACUUGGUUGAUUGCUACAUUGAUUGAUGAAUUGAGACAGACUUGCGGAGGGCAUGGGUAUUCCCAAUAUAACGGAUUUGGUAAAGGUUAUGACGAUUGGGUGGUUCAGUGCACAUGGGAAGGUGACAACAACGUUUUAUCUUUAACUUCAGCAAAAUCAAUAUUGAAAAAAUUUGUUGAUUCAGCCACAAAAGGUAGAUUUGACAGCACAUUGGAUGUGGACUCAUUCUCAUACUUGAAACCUCGGUACAUAGGAUCUGUGAUUUCUGGAGAGACAAAGAGUAGUUUAAAGGAGUUGGGUGAUUACACUGAAAUUUGGUCUAUCACUUUGGUCAAAUUAUUGGCGCAUAUUGGUACCUUAGUUGAAAAAUCAAGAAGUAUUGAUAGCGUCUCUAAGCUUUUAGUCUUGGUAUCCAAAUUUCAUGCCUUGCGUUGCAUGUUGAAAACCUAUUAUGAGAAGUUAAAUUCUCCUGGUGAUUCUCAUAUCUCCGAUGAAGCUACUAAAGAAUCCUUAUGGAAUGUCUAUAAGCUAUUUUCCUUAUACUUUAUUGACAAACAUUCAGGAGAAUUGCAACAAUUCAAGAUUUUCACUCCCGACCAGAUCUCUAAAGUGGUGCAGCCACAACUAUUAGCUCUUUUGCCAAUUGUGAGGAAGGACUGUAUAAGUUUGACGGACUCCUUUGAACUACCUGACGCAAUGUUGAAUGCUCCUAUCGGUUACUUCGAUGGUGAUAUCUAUCACAAUUAUUUCAAUGAAGUUUGUCGCAAUAACCCAGUGGAAGCGGAUGGAGCAGGUAAGCCUUCCUAUCAUGCGCUUUUGAGUGGCAUGCUCGGUAGAGGUUUCGAAUUCGACCAAAAGCUAGGCGGUGCAGCAAAUUCAGAAACUUUAUCAAAAAUAAACAAGUGA